CAUUGGACAGUUUCUUUAAGUGUUGUGAACAGAGUUUUGAUUCCUUGCAGUGACAUUAGAUUAGCCACUCCUCCGAUACGGAUGCGUGGCAAAAUGAAAGCUAGCAGUUAGUGUGCUGUUUUUACGCAGUUUGUCAAACAUGGCAGGGGAUUUAUGGAGAUUCGCGCUGGAAACAGCCGAGAUACUCGCUACCCGUUUAAGGGAGCUGGUCUCCUCAGGACAAGGCUUAGUUCGGGCCCAGUUCGGAGUGGAGCUGGGUUUGAAGCCCGAGCUUUACCCGAGCUGGCUCGUCCUGUCAACGGCUGCUGUCGGUCUGCUGCUGCUGCUGCUUCUCGGGGCGUCCUGGGCCGCUGUCUGCGGAGGCGCUGGAGGAGGGCUGCUGGUCAGGAGAAAGCUUGCUUCCCAGGUCAACCAAAGCGGCGACGAGGCAGGAAAGGCCAGCUUUAUUAAUAAAGGUGUCAAAGCAGAGGAGCAGAAAAAGAGAAACAAAAAGAAAACUGGCGACAAGAAGACUCAGUCCAAUGGACAUCCACCGGUUGUUGCUCAAGAGGAGGUUAAGGAGACUGUGCUAGCAUCCAAAACAGCUUCACAGAUUAAAGCUGAGAAGGUGCAUGAGGUGCAGGCCCCAGAGCAGAUGAAAAAAACCAAGAAGAAACCUAAGACAAAUGUGAAACCCGUGCAGCUUUUGUCAACAAGUGAUGGGAAAGAACCCGAUGAUGGUGUAUGGGAGACCAAAGUCAGCAAUCGAGAGAAGAGGCAACAGCGAAGGAAAGACAAAGGUUCAGAUGAUUCUGCUAGUCCUAAAGGUGUUAAAGCUUCCAAGCCCCAUGUCGAAACACCCGCAGCCUUAGCUAACAAGAAGAAACAAGGAAACAAUGAGAACCAGCAUUUAAGACCGAGCACAAAGGGAGACACAGGCGGUGGUAAAAGCAAAGCUGAAACAUUAAGCUCUUCGUCCACAUGGAGAGAGGAGUCUACUGUCAACGGUGGAGGCUGGUCUGACGUCUCAUUGAAGGUCACUGGUCAGAGUGCUUCCAUGGAAGGAAAAAAGUGGAGUUCCAUAUCUGCACCUGGACGAUACAGACCCCAGACUGACCCCCAGCCCUGGGCUCAGAAGUCUCAAGCAGCUUGGAGCAGCAUAGAUGGCAAGAUAAAGACAAUGCCCUUUUCUGUGCUGCAGCUGAACUCCACAGAUCCAUUAUCAAAUUCAGCUAAGGUGCAGUGGGUAAACCAAACCAAUGUUGAUGAUCAAUGGUCAGGAUUCAAAGGGAUGGCAGCAGAUUCCACCUCUGACUGGAAUGCCCCAGCAGAGCACUGGGGAAACUAUGAAGAGCCUCCUGUACUGGUGGCAGCAGCAACUCUGCAGAAGGAUCAACCCAAGGUAUCAGAAGAUGAAAAGGACAUUGACGAUCCCUCGGGGGAAGAAGCUAAAUCUAAGAAGAAGAGAAAAAAGAAGAAGAAACCAGAAGAGGAGACUGCUUCUGAUACUCAGACUCUAAGUGCAGCUUCUAUACACAGUGCAGUAACCAAAGCCCCAGAGCAUCCUGCACUGCCCUUAAAUUCACAGAAUACCAGCAUAUCAUCCUCUCAGAAGAAGUCUGAGCAGACCGUCGAACCUCAGAAGGCCUCCCAGAAGAAAAAGGUCCGAAGGGAAACUUGAAGGAAGAAAACACAAGUCCCUACAAACGUUAUGCAAACAAUUAAGUGUGUCACAUGCAAUAAUUACCAGGUACAGUUUCUGUCUGAGAUGCGUAACAUUUAAAUAUCAACAAGAAGACAGCAGCAGAUAUAACCUGCUGUAUAGCAGUCAAAUGUGGUCCUGUGGACCGUUAAUUUCAACUAAUUUUGCACUAUUUACUAAACUGUAACCAGAGGUGAAUUUCAGGUGGGCUUUUACCAAUGCUACACGUUUAAUGGUUUUGCAAGUGUUUUUUCUUCUUCUUUUAUCCGACGGGAGUUUGUGUAAUUGUCAACCCAAGAACAACAACGCGGGUUUUUGUUUAAUUUUUUUUGUCUUGCAAAGUCCGAGUUAGGGUUUGUCGCCCUAAAUGAUGCGCUUUGUUUUCUUUGAUCUGCCACUGCCUCUCUGUGAUUUACUGAAAUGCUUUGUGGUGAAGGUAGAAGGAUGUGUUAGGAUUUUGGUUGGGUCUACCACAGCACAGCCCAAAUGUUCCUGACGGAUGAAAUUUGGUUAUACUCUGAUUAAGUAUAAAGCGAUACCUUUCAUAGAUCAACUGUAAAAAAAAAAAUACUAUGAUGAUGAUGAAAUAUAAUAAUGAUUGAAUUUACGCUUCUGACCGCAGAUGGACAUACAUUUCUAGGUAUUCCUUAAAGUAGAGGGGGAAACUUCAUUCCAUAUAAUAUUUAUCUUGAUUUGUUUUGCUAAAAAGGGUAAAACAUUUCAGUGGAUUCAUUAAUAUUUCAUGCUUGUAUGUUUGAUUUAGGCUACUUAACCCAUUACUCUAAAUCAAGUGUGUCUCAUUAUUCGUAGCUCUGUUAAUUUGCAGCCGAAUGUUGUAGUAUGAAGUAAAUUAAAGCAUUCCAAAUCGUCUAUUUUAGACAGUUAGGAUGAUCAGUUAAACAAUCUGCACUUAUGACAUAUGGAUGUUCUAUAUAGAUAGGUUUUUUGUUUCCUUUAUGACAUUCCUCCAAUUUCUUUGCGUACACACAGUCCAAUUUGUGUAUUUUUAGAUGAAUGUUUUGUUAUAAUGGGGUUAAAAAGUGUGACAAAGAAAGUGUAGACUUAUCCACCUUUUUGUCCAUCCAACAGUGCUUGCAAAAUAACUUUCUUGGGCUUUAGCUCCAGAAAAACAUUAUUAAAAUUUCUUGUGAACUUUGCCAAUUUUUAGAAAAACUUUCAUUCCAUUGAGAUCGCAGUAACUAGCAGAAGCCACCAGGAGGCCCAGUAACUGAAGCUUUAAAUGCUGUCUUUCUACUUUUAUCAAAGUUAUCACCAUGUUUCAUUCUGUCCUUUCCUAAGUAGCCUGGAUACUUUUUUAAAUGCUUUCUUCUGCUCUCUAAAUGACUUUUUACAAGUAUUUCUUCCAGUCUUUUGCUAGAAAAAGCCACGCCAUAUGUAUAGAUCACAAGGGCUUUUUUCUAGUUUGUGAUUGCACUGUGCAGAAACCUGUAUAGUUUCUUUUUAAUUACGAAUCGUUUUUAAACUUUUUUUUUCUUUCAAGAAUUAUUACAAAGGGGGAUUUUUUUUAAUGAACUAAAAAGAAAAAGCUCUGCAAAAUUGUGACAUGGAACAGUUUGAACUCUUCAUUCAAGUUUUUUGAACUGAGACGUAGCACACAUCCACACAAUUAUGCAUUUACAAGAAAUGUAUUUCUACUAGGGGUGCACUGAUUGCAGUUAUCUGGCCGAUCACUGAUCUUUAAAAAGCCUGCCCUGCUGAAAUUUGAUUUCGGCUGAUACCAUUUUUUUUUUUUAUAACUGUUAAUGUCAGGUGUUAUAAGGUCACAAUACACCUUCUAUGUUCCAAUCUUAUUUUUUUUGAAAAACAUUCAACAAUACCCAUGAAAUAAUACAAACUUGUUUUAACUGCAUAUGAGGUGGUGCCUUCAAAUAUAAAUGAAAAGUUUAGAGCAUUGCAGUUUCUUUAAUCUUUUUUUUUUUUCACAUUUUAAAAACAAAACUUGCACAACAGAUAAAUAGAUAAGAUGGGUAGAUAAGAUUGGUGGACAAGACCGGUUUCACAUGUAAGUAUCGGGCUGCCGAUCAAACAGUGCACCCCUAUUUUCUACUGCCUUAAUCUGCCAUAUACAAAGUCCAUUUUUAUAGUUUCUAUCCAUUUACAAGUUUUGAUGUCAGCCUUUUUUUUUUUUUUUUUUGCAUGACUUUAGUAAUUGUAGUUGUGGGAAAGAGAGACAAAGGAGCUUUAACUGUUUUAUAUUUAUAACAAGAGUACCUCUUGUUAUAAAUACCGUAACAGCUUUUUGUUAGAAGAAAACUUGCAAUCUUUUUACUUUCUAUGGACAUCCAGGUUUUUUCUGACGCUUGAAGGACUCUUAAAACAUUAAAAUGUCAAUUGACUGAUGAUUAUUAAUGUUUGUAGAUCUGAAAUAAUGUUACCCUGUGGCUUCAGGUGCCCCUUUGUUCACUUUUUUACCGAAGAGUAAAAUGAUUUCUUGUAUUUAUACGGUUGUGUCUAGAAAAUCGUUUUGUUAAGGACAUCAUAAUGAUCUUUCUAUGUUUGUUUUGGGAAGAAUUAAAUAAGAAAUGCUUCAUA